CAUUACGAAAACCCUAGUUUGCGCGGAUCGCCGUCUCGGUCUUGGGCGCUCAAAGCAGCGACGGAGGAGACGGCAACCACAAACAUGGAGAACGCCGUGGCCAAGACCGUGAAAGACGUCUCGCCCCACGAGUUCGUCAAGGCCUACUCCGCCCACCUCAAGAGAUCCGGCAAGAUGGAGCUUCCUGAGUGGACGGACAUUGUGAAGACUGGAAGGUUCAAGGAACUUGCUCCUUAUGAUCCUGAUUGGUACUACAUCAGGGCUGCUUCAAUGGCAAGAAAGAUAUACUUGAGGCAGGGCAUUGGAGUAGGUGGCUUUCAGAAGAUAUAUGGAGGUCGUAAGAGGAAUGGAAGUCGCCCACCACAUUUCUGCAAGAGCAGUGGGGCAAUUGCUCGCCACAUUUUGCAGCAGUUGGAGAGGAUGAAUAUCAUUGAAAUUGAACCUAAAGGUGGGAGGAAGAUUACAUCUCAGGGGCAGCGGGAUCUCGAUCAAGUUGCUGGUCGUGUCUAGAUGCUGACUUUGAUCAUGCUUUGGUUUAAAUCUCAUCAGUUAUAAACAAUAUUGCUCAGAGCUUUAGCAUCAAAGUUGUAUUAAUUACAAGUUAACUUGUUUGGUGAUUUUGACAUGAUUUAUUUCUUGUAUUAGAUGAUUUUCCUGCUUGAGAUAAAUGUUGGGUUUACUUUAAAGAGACUUUGUUUCAUUUCAAUGUUGCUUUGAGACGUUA